AUAUUUCACUCGAGGAAUGUAUUCUUAUAGAUGGCUUACACAGUAUAAAAGCAGUCAAACACUACACUUUAUCAUCAGUUAAUUUUCAGCUCAAAUAGAAAAUUUCACAAUGAAUAAGUUUGUUGCAAUUUACUUCCUCUCAGCAGUGGCUAUGGCUGUCUACGGCCAGGAACAAAGUGCUUUCCUAGAUUGUGCAACCACACAAUUCAAAAGUAUGUUUGUCAACAUCACCUACAUCGAUGGCAGCAAAAAAUGCGUUGAGGGCAAUGAGGAUCUUAUAAACUUUAUUGACAGCAUUGAAAAUAAAAUCAAGGAAUCGAAAGUCUUCUAUGAUGAGGAAGCAGAUUCGGUUGAGAAAUAUGACACCCUUCUAAAGAACGCCGAAUGUGUUUUGGAGGAAAACAAUAAAUUACAGUCCAAGGUUUCCGAACUGGGUGAUGAGGCUACUACAAAUUGCAUUGCAGCUGAAUUAGACAAGGCCACCACUCGUAUUAAUAAUGCACUAGCAUGCAAAGAAAAGAAGGAAUAAGAAUAAAUUGCAAUGUUGAUUCUGAGCUAAAUAAAGUAUGAGCAUUCAAUCAGUAAA